CUGGUUGAGACAAAAAUCAUUCGGGAAAGACCCUGUCCGGUGACGUCCAUUCUAGGGACUAUACAGCCUGGCUGACCCGACUACACACAGAGGAUAUUCUGGAUCUGGUGUCAACCAGACUACUACUAUUAGCAUCCUACAGGAAGGAGAUAAAUUACUUUAAUUCUGACAGUUUUCCUUCGUUUCCGGCCGUUUUGGGUGUAGGCACUGGGGCGAUUCUUUUAUUUUCAAGGGACUACGCUGAAAAAAAAAGAGAAAACGGUUUUGUUUCGGGAACAUCAACUGUAACUGUGUUGUUAACUGCUGUAAUUUGAUAUAAACUACAUAGAUUGUUAUUUCCCUUUAUUUCUGAAUGUCUGUAUGGAGUCAAAGUCAUAACUUGGCGCAGGUGUAGUUGAAGGCUAUGUGGCGUGGUCGUGUAACAUUCCAAACACCGUUUCCCGAAAAGUCUGCCUUCCCUGUCGGAAGCCUGGUGAGUUGAGAGAGGGGCGAGCCCCCGAACAUGAUCUCACGGAGCGGGAAUGCGAGGAGCCAUGAGCUGGUCGGGUUCCCACGGCGGGCUGAGCUGCUCUGGAGCCGGGAUUAAUCUGGUCUACCUCUCGCUGCUGCUCUGGAGCUCCUGCUCUGGCAUGGACGGACUGGCUGAUUUCUCAAAAUACCUGUCCCGGAUCAUUACCAGUCACUCUGUGCAUGCGUGCGACGGACAGCAGGUACGUCUCUACUGUCCACGCCACUCCACCAUCUCUAUCCAGUCGGCGUUUUACGGACGUGCUGACGCAACGCUCUGCACCAAUGGGACGGCUGCGGGUGUCAGAGCGGCCAACUACAGCUGUUCCGCGUUUACGACCCUACAGAAGUUACUGUCAGAGUGUCAGAGCCACAGAGACUGUCAGCUACCUGUCAAUCACCUGGUGUUUGGGCCCGACCCCUGUCCUGGGACCAUCAAGUACCUCCACGUCACCUACAAGUGUAAACCUACUGAGCAUAAGAGCAGUGUGGUGUGUGAGGGAGAGAAGCUGACGUUACACUGUAAGCCUCCCAGAGUGCUGAUCAUCUAUACAGCUGCUUACGGUAGGGGUCUGGGCCACACCUGUCCCUCACAGGACAGAGGAACACCCCCGUUUGAGUGUUUGAACCACAAUGCGGUCCACACUCUGUCACAGAGCUGCUACAGCAAACAGAGGUGUGUUGUCGCCGUAGACAACCAGACCUUCAGAGACCCCUGCUACCCUGGAACCAGGAAGUACCUGACUGUACUCUACUCCUGUGUACCACAGACAUUACUGCAGGAAGCAGACCCAGGUGUACUACACAGACCCACCUCACACCCAAAAGUCCACCCUGGUCCUCCACCAGCCCACCCAGAUCCUGCAGAUGUGGCUGUCUAUCCUAAGGACUCCAGAACACCAGGAAACACAGGAGUCAUGCUGAGUAACUCUGUUAUGACUUACUCCUAUAUUAAAGAGCACCCAGAGACUGCGGCGUUGCUGUUCACCUCCAGUGUGUGUGUUGGUCUGCUACUCACCCUGCUGGCUGUGUCUAUCAGACUGACCUGUAGGGGGCUCCGCCACACACACAAAACACAAACACGCAGGAGCCAGGAAGAAGAGGAGGAUGAUGAUGACGAAGAAGAGGAGGAGAUGACUGACUGCUCGCUGCUGUCGGACUCAGACAGGCAGCUGGCUUACUGCUGGGAGGAAGUGAGCUACAGGACAGCGGACGCGGAGAGGCUAGAACGCAUGGAGAGGAGGGACAUGGUGAUCCAGGAGAUCUGGAUGAACUCUGAUCUCUACGGGACGUCCUGUGAUCAGGACCAGACUCCUUAUCUACUACUCAGCUACUCACAGCUGGAGUAACAGAACCAGACUCCUUAUCUACUACUCAGUUACACAGCUGGAGUAACAGAACCAGACUCCUUAUCUACUACUCAGUUACACCGCUGGAGUAACAGAACCAGACUCCUUAUCUACUACUCAGUUACACAGCUGGAGUAACAGAACCAGACUCCUUAUCUACCACUCAGUUACACAUCUGGAGUAACAGAACCAGACUCCUUAUCUACUACUCAGUUACACCGCUGGAGUAACAGAACCAGACUCCUUAUCUACCACUCAGUUACACAGCUGGAGUAACAGAACCAGACUCCUUAUCUACUACUCAGUUACACCGCUGGAGUAACAGAACCAGACUCCUUAUCUACCACUCAGUUACACAGCUGGAGUAACAGAACCAGACUCCUUAUCUACUACUCAGUUACACCGCUGGAGUAACAGAACCAGACUCCUUAUCUACCACUCAGUUACACAGCUGGAGUAACAGAACCAGACUCCUUAUCUACCACUCAGUUACACAGCUGGAGUAACAGAACCAGACUCCUUAUCUACUACUCAGUUACACCGCUGGAGUAACAGAACCAGACUCCUUAUCUACUACUCAGUUACACCGCUGGAGUAACAGAAACAGACUCCUUAUCUACUACUCAGUUACACCGCUGGAGUAACAGAACCAGACUCCUUAUCUACCACUCAGUUACACAGCUGGAGUAACAGAACCAGACUCCUUAUCUACUACUCAGUUACACCGCUGGAGUAGGUUUUAGGUUUUUAUUUAUUCACAGGUAAGAAAACAUGUUAAAGACCAAACAGUGCAGAUACAGAACAUAUGAAAACACCACUUGGAAAGCCAAAAGGACUGAUAUGAAAACACCACUUGGAAAGCCAAAAGGACUGAUAUGAAAACCACACCUCAAAAAACAACAUACAAAUAUAAGUACAAAAAGUGUUUAGCCAGUUAAACAUUUAUAUACAUUUAUAUACUCAGUAUACAAGAAAAAACAUGUUUGAUUAUGUGUGUGGAUGUGAGAGACGGAGGUAUUAUUUUACCUUUAUUUAACCAGGCAAGUCAGUUAAGAACAAAUUCUAAUUUUCAAUGACGGCCUACAGGGGAACAGUGGGUUAACUGCCUUGUUCAGGAGCAGAACGAUAGAUUUGUACCUUGUCAGCUUGGGGAUUUGAACUUGCAACCUUUCGGUCCACCGCUCUAACCACUAGGCUACCGUGCCACCCCAGUUAUGCUACAGGGAGGGGAUUUCUGGGUCGUCUUGUCCAUCAGACUGACCCCUAGUCUGCACUAAGUUAUUGAGGGAUGUUUUGGUAAUGUGAAUAUAGGAAUUCCAGAGUUUGGAACCUCUGUAUCUGAUAAGAGAAUCUCUCUCUCUCUCUCUGGUUUUAUGGAUUUGGGAAUGAACCUGGAAGAAUACAUUGAAGGGUUUAGGUAGGUUGUCGGGGAAGUAUGUAUAUUUGUAGAUGAAGGUGAAUAAUUGGAGUAUAUUAAUGUUGUAUUUGGAAGAUAAUAUAUUGAGUUUCUUAAACAGGGGGGAAAAUGGAGCCCAGUAGUUAGAGGUGGUGGUUAGUCUGGCCAAUGUCUUUUGUGUGAUGAGUAAUUUGUGUAGGUAGGAAACAAAUAUCUUUCCAGGACAACUUUUCAUCAAGUAGUACACCGAGGAAUCUAGUAGAUUUCAUUCCAUUUUGAUAUUCUGGCUCUUUUUGUAUAUAUAUAUACACAUUUACAUAUAUUAUAUAGUUCAGAUUCUUACCUGUGAAUACAAUGUAGUGGGAUUUAUCAAUAUUUAUAGAUAAUUUGUUAAUCUGGAACCAUUCGGGAAAAUGUGGCCACGCCUGACUUGGCUUCAUUGAUUUGUGAAUUGAAUUUUUUUGUGUGUGUCAAAUCAAGUUGGUAUCAUCGGCAAAAAAGAAUGUGAAGUACGGUAGGUCAUUGAUAUACAGAUUAGGAAUAACAAAGGUCCAAGGAUUGAACCCUGUGGAACGCCACAGGAAAUCUUCGCACUUGGUAGAUGAACAACCAUUUUGCAUACAGAAAUUGUUUUCUAAUCAUAAACAUAAUUAUAUAGCCAUUUAUAUGUAUAAUCCUGACCACCAUAAUAAUGCUUUUUUUGCAAGUAUUAUUUCAUGAUCGACCGUGUCAAACAUUCUAGAUCAAUCUAGAAAGACGACAAGAGCGUAUUCAUUGUUGUUCAGGGUAUUUUAUUAGGAUCUCUAUUAGCUGUUGCAAAAGCAGCAGCUACUCUUCCUGGGGUUCCACACAGAACACAGAACAUGACACAUGACAUAAUACAGAACAUUAAUAGACAAGAACAGAACUACAUGAAAUAACAAUAGGCACGCGUAGCCUACAUAUCAAUACCUACACACAAACUAUCUAGAUCAAAUAGGGGAGAGGCGUUGUGCCACUAGGUGUUGGUUUAUCAGUUUUUUGAAACCAGGUUUGCUGUUUAUUUGAGCAAUAUGAGAUGGAACGGAGUUCCAUGCAAUAAGGGCUCUAUAUAAUACUGUAUGCUAUCUUGAAUUUGUUCUGGUUUUGGGGACGAUGAAAAGACCCCUGGUGGCAUAAGUGUGUGUGUGUCAGAGCUGACUAUGAAAAGACCCCUGGUGGCAUGUCUGGUGGGGUAAGUGUGUGUGUGUCAGAGCUGUGUGUAAGUUGACUAUGAAAAGACCCCUGGUGGCAUGUCUGGUGGGGUGUGUGUGUGUCAGAGCUGUGUUUAAGUUGACUAUGAAAAGACCCCUGGUGGCAUGUCUGGUGGGAUAAGUGUGUGUGUCAGAGCUGUUUAAGUUGACUAUUCAAACAAUUUAGGAUUUUCAACACAUUGCUUCUUAUAAAAAGAAGAAGUGAUGCAGUCAGUCUCUCCUCAACUCUGAACCAAGAGAGACUGGCUGCAUAGUAUUUAUAUCAGCCCUCUGAUUACAAUGAAGAGCAAGACAUGCCGCUCUGUUCUGGGUCAGCUGCAGCUUAACUAGGUCUUUCCUUGCAGCUCUCAACCACAUGACUGGACAAUAAUCAAGAUAAAACAAAACUAGAGCCUGCAGAACUUGCUUUGUGGAGAUUGGUGUCAAAAAAUAUAUAUAUUUUUUUUUUACUGAUGAUUUUUGAGAGCGGUUGUAACCAAGGUUUCCAGAAGGGGAAGAAGUGGUGAAAUAAAGAAUUGAAGUACACAACAUGACCAAAGAUACGUGGACACCUGCUUGUCGAUCAUCUCAUUCCAAAAUCAUGGGCGUUAAUAUGGAGUUGGUCCCCCCCCCCCGCUUGACAAAUCAAAUGACAAAACACUCAGCCCUCCAAGACUCAGGUCAGUCAAGAUGUUCCAUGACAUACUUUAGAAAUGGACUCUUGCACCCAGCAGGCCUUCAUGAGAAAUUACAUUUAGGUUAAUGACAGGGAAUGACAUCAUAAUGACAGGGAAUGACAUCAUAAUGACAGGGAAUGACAUCACAAUGACAGGUAAUGACAGGUUGGCAUAUUGUAUGGCAUAUUGUAUUUUGUAUUGUGUGUCUAUUUACCGGAGCGUUGUUCCAUUUCUGUUCUUUGGAUUUUAUACAGGAGGAGCCGGCAGCUGAUUUAACUUUGUAUAAAGUGGAUCCGAGCA